CUUCAACCCCUCAACCCCCCCAAAACACAAUGACAAACCCCACCCUAAUCCUCGCCCCCGGCGCCUGGUACCCCCCCACCGCAUUCACGCCCCUCAUCGCCAAACUCCCCGCCUACACCUGCCACCCCAUCGCCUUCCCCUCCAUCCAACAAGCCACCACCAUCCACGACCUUCACCCCGACAUCACCACCAUCUGCAUCCUCGUGGAACAAGAAUCCAACGCCGGCAACGACAUCGUCAUCAUCUCACACAGCUGGUCCGGACUCCCCGUGAACAGCGCCCUCACCGAUCUCAGUAAAUCCGCGCGCCAGAAAGCAGGUAAGCAGGGCGGCGUGGUGAAAUUGAUCUUCAUUUCGGCGUUUAUUCCGGACGUCGGGGAGAGUUUGAUUGGGGCGUUUGGGGGAACGCCGCCGGAGUGGUAUGUACGGGAUGAAUCAAACGGGACUGUGUCAGCAAGCGAUCCCUUCGGUUUAUUCUUCCAUGAUGUCCCCGAUGGGAAGCAGUGGGCCGAGACCCUCCGGCCUCAUGCCUGGGCGACGAAGAAUUCCCCUGCGACGGGCGCGGCGUAUUUGGAAAUUCCGAGCGUGUAUCUGCUCUGUGAGGAGGAUCACGCCAUUCCGUUGUUUGUGCAGGAGUUGAUGGUCGAGAAGGCGAGGGCGAAGGGGGCAUGCAUUGAGACGGAGAGGAUUAAGACGGCGCAUAGCCCGUGGUUGGUGGAUCCGGACCAGGUCGCAGAUUUUGUGAAGAGGCAUGCGAGGGGGUAGAUCGUGUUUAUUUCUAUGCGGAUGUGACAUUUGGUGGGUUUGAGAUAUCUAUGGGUUAUGGAGACAGGUACUGUAUGUGUUUAAUUAAUACUGUUGAACAGUUGCGAUAAUCAGUC